AUGGAACCCAUGUGUGACCUGAGUGAGGAUACGUCGGGGGACCACUCCGGUGGGGAGAAUGGUGGUGGUAGCGGCAGUGAGAAGGACCAGGACCCUAGCAGCUCCCCCGAGGGCUCCAAGCCUUCCUGCUUCACCCCCGAGCCCCCGGACACCCCAAACCAGGCCGAGGAGUGUCGCUACAGCUUCCCCCAUCCCCUUCCCAGCCUCCCUCUCCCCCUAGCCUUCCCCAAGACCUGCAGCACCUCUCCAGAGCCCAAGGCAGACAGCCCUACUAAGGGUUACCCCGGUGUUGGGGCAGGGGGGCUGCCAGUGGACCACAGCCUGGUGAUUGAGGGCCUGUCUGGGUCUGUCUCCCUUCCCUUCAACCUGCGAGCCAACCGGCCACCCCUGGAGGUGCUGAAGAAGAUCUUCCCGUCCCACAAGCCCCCGGUGCUGGAGCUGAUCCUGCAGGGGUGUGGAGGGGACCUGGUGGGGGCCAUCGAGGUGCUGCUGUCCAGCCAGGCCCAGGAGGCCAGGGGGGGUCACCCCCACCCCGACACACUGGUCCUUCCCUCUAAUAGCCACCUCCUCGAUCACCCCCUGGGGUCCUACCACUCUCUGGCCUCCGCCGCUAAGUGGUCUGUGGGCUCUGCUUUCAGGGUGCCUGAGUCUCUGCGCUUCUCGUCUGACUCGUCGUCCGGCCCCCUGGCCCUACACCCCGGGUCUUUCCCCCAUCCCCCCCGCUACCCCUUGAUGCUGAGGAACUCUCUGACACGCGGCGGCCAGGUCGGACCCUUCUGCAACGACGUGACGCUGUGGAACACCAUGACACUGCAGCAGCAGUACCAACUCAGGUCAGCUCAGUACGAAGAGCACCGUCUCUCCCAGCUGGAGGAGGGCUGCCACCCUACCCCCAUCCCCCCCACCCCCGGGGCCAAACAGACCCUCUACACUCAUGAGGAGGAGUACGAGGACCGCUCCGACUCCUCCGACUCACGAAUUCUCAACUCCUCCACCUGA